UUAACUCAAUAAGCAAAGAAGUAAGCGGCGUCCGGUUUAUCUAUCUAUCCCUGAAAAUUGAUUGAGAUUUUUUUAGGGUUUCAGUCGCUGAGAAAAUCGAUUCUUCUUCUUCUUCUUCAUCAAACAGAGACGAUCUCUACCGCCAUGGAUCCUUCCCUCGCUAACAACCAGGAAUUGCUUCAAUUCCUCACCCAAGAAAAAGAAAGAGCAAUGGUGAACGAAGCGGUGGCGAAGCUGACGAGCUCGUGCUGGGACAAAUGCAUGACGGACAAACCAGGAAGCAAAAUCAGCUCGAGCGAGUCCUCUUGCCUCACUAACUGCGUUGGGCGUUACAUGGAUAUGAGUAUGCUCAUCAUGAAACGAUUUCAGUCGCAGUGAUUGAUUGAAUUGAGAUCAUCAUGACACUUCCCUUUCUUUCCUUUUUAAUCUCUUGGCAAGUGUUGAAUCCAACAAGAGUAUUCUCGGAUAAGUCGUUGUCGGAUUUGUUUUAAUGGUAAUGUGAUUGAGAUUGUUAUUGAUGGAUAAUGAUAAUAUUAAUAGAUAAGUGUGGAGUUAA